CAGCAUGUCCAAAAUACUGAAAUGUGCUGGGAACGAAGACAUCAUAACUCUCCGCGCGGAAGACAACGCGGAUACGUUGGCGCUAGUGUUUGAAGCACCAAAUCAGGAAAAGGUUUCUGAUUAUGAGAUGAAGCUAAUGGAUCUUGACGUGGAGCAGCUUGGAAUUCCCGAACAAGAAUACAGUUGUGUAGUGAAAAUGCCUUCUGCUGAGUUCGCGCGCAUCUGCAGGGAUCUCAGCCACAUCGGCGAUGCAGUUGUCAUCUCCUGCGCAAAAGACGGUGUGAAAUUCUCAGCUAAUGGCGAGCUGGGAAAUGGAAACAUCAAGCUGUCGCAGACCAGUAAUGUGGAUAAAGAGGAGGAAGCUGUUACAAUAGAGAUGAAUGAGCCAGUCCAAUUGACCUUUGCUCUGAGGUACUUGAACUUUUUUACCAAAGCCACUCCCCUGUCCCCUACAGUAACACUCAGCAUGUCUGCAGAUGUUCCUCUCGUUGUGGAAUACAAGAUUGCUGAUAUGGGACACUUAAAAUACUACCUGGCUCCAAAGAUUGAAGACCAACAAGAAGGCUCUUAAUUGGAGUAGGACUGAGGGGGAGAGAUCCAGUCAGCUCUUCAGAGAGAACAACUGCCCUCAAGAAGGAAAUGGUGGUGUUAGCAAUUCCAGUGUGUCGGAGCCUCCUCUGAGUGCUGUUAGGCAUGUUGUGUAGAUAUCUUUGUAAAUAUUUUUCAACUGACUAUUUUGCUAUACUGGUGUCAUUGGAAAUAGGAAACUUUGGUUAUUUCUAGUCUAUUCUUGUACUUCCAAUAAUCUCUUAGAUGCUGUCUUAAGGUGAAAUGUCUUGCUCCUCUCAACUCGUGUUAGAGAAGGGGUGCAAUAUUUAACUUGAGUAGAGAUGCUGUUUCCUGGAGUUUCACCUGUGGAGUUGUAGUUACCUAGGGUUGCUGUUCAAUUAUGCCACAAGUUUAUUUGGCCUUCUUUUGUUUCUUUCUGAAG